GGGUCAAAAUUAAUAAAAGAAUAUUCGUUUUUCAGUGAAAAAAAAAUAUUAUAUAAAAUUAGGCAGGGGAAGAUAUAUAGAAGAAGGGGAAGGUGUGGUAAACACAGCACGAGUCACCACUACCAUCGGAAGAGAGCUCUGUUUUUCAAUUCGCGAUUGUUUCAGCUGCUAUCAAUGGCGAACAUAGACAUCGAAGGAAUAUUGGAGGAGAUCCCUAACGAUGGGCGAGUCCCCAAGACGAAGAUCGUCUGUACUCUGGGUCCGGCUUCAAGGUCGGUGGAAAUGAUUGAAAAGCUUCUCAGAGCUGGAAUGAACGUUGCUCGUUUCAAUUUCUCUCAUGGAACUCACGAGUAUCAUCAGGAGACUUUGAAUAAUCUCCGUACUGCUAUGCAUAAUACCCAGAUCCUCUCAGCUGUCAUGCUUGAUACAAAGGGACCUGAGAUUCGAACUGGUUUCCUUAAGGAUGGCAAAGCUAUUCAACUUAAGGAGGGUCAGGAGAUUACUAUCACUACUGAUUACACCAUCAAGGGUGACCCUGAGAUGAUUUCCAUGAGCUACCAAAAGUUGGCUGUGGACUUGAAGCCUGGAAAUACCAUUUUAUGUGCUGAUGGAACAAUUACUUUGACUGUCUUGUCGUGUGAUACAAAAGCUGGGUCUGUGAGAUGUCGUUGUGAAAACACAGCAAUGCUGGGUGAGAGAAAAAAUGUUAACCUUCCUGGUGUUGUCGUUGAUCUUCCAACCCUUACUGAGAAGGAUAAGGAAGAUAUUCUUGACUGGGGUGUUCCAAACAAGAUUGAUAUGAUUGCUCUUUCUUUUGUACGAAAGGGGUCAGAUCUUGUUAAUGUUCGUAAGGUUCUUGGCCCUCAUGCCAAGAAUAUUAUGUUAAUGUCAAAGGUUGAGAAUCAAGAGGGGGUUGUCAACUUUGAUGAGAUCUUGCGUGAGACUGAUGCAUUCAUGGUUGCCCGUGGUGAUCUUGGAAUGGAAAUCCCAGUUGAAAAGAUUUUUUUGGCACAAAAAAUGAUGAUUUAUAAAUGCAAUCUUAUGGGCAAGCCUGUUGUCACUGCCACUCAGAUGCUUGAGUCCAUGAUCAAGUCUCCUCGUCCAACCCGUGCCGAAGCUACAGAUGUUGCUAAUGCAGUUCUUGACGGAACUGAUUGUGUUAUGCUUAGUGGUGAGAGUGCAGCAGGGGCUUACCCAGAACUCGCGGUUAAGAUCAUGGCCCGUAUAUGUAUUGAGGCAGAAUCAUCUCUUGACUAUGGGGCAAUCUUUAAGGAGAUGAUAAGGUCAACCCCUCUUCCAAUGAGCCCCUUGGAGAGUCUUGCAUCCUCUGCUGUGCGAACAGCUAACAAGGCCAGAGCAAAACUGAUUGUUGUGCUGACACGUGGUGGAACCACAGCCAAAUUGGUCGCCAAAUACAGGCCAGCUGUUCCAAUCGUAUCGGUUGUUGUUCCAGUACUGACAACGGACACAUUUGAUUGGUCCUGCAGUGAUGAAAGUCCAGCAAGGCACAGCCUGAUCUACAGGGGUUUGCUUCCCUUGUUGGCCGAAGGAUCAGCCAAGGCCACUGAUGCAGAAUCUACAGAAGUGAUUUUGGAAGCUGCAUUGAAAUCGGCAACUGGUAGGGGGCUGUGUAAGCCUGGUGAUUCAGUUGUGGCACUCCAUCGUAUUGGAACUGCCUCUGUGAUUAAGAUCUGCAUAGUGAAAUAAUGUGGGACAUAAAAGUUAAAAGAAGCCAAUACUUUUCCAUGUCCCUUGUUUUCUGUUAUGUAACCUUCAGAGCACUAAGAUUCACUUUUAAUAUUGCCAUUUUCAAGUGAGCUUUAUUAGAUAGAGGGUAUGAGUACCUCUGGAUUAUAUUAAUUUGCAGUUAGCUAAUGUUAUGAGUUGGGACAUUAAUUUUGGCAUGGUAUAGAAAUAAGGCUGAGCUUUGUGGUCC